AUGGCAGGAUACUCCUGGCCACGGCUUGUAAUUUCGCUUCCUGCGUCUCAUUUUUCAUAUUUCAGCGCUUUGAGUGCCAUUUGGCAAACUGCAAAACUGGAAGCGGCUAAAGGCAAAAGGCAAAAGGCGACUGGCCAACAAGGUAGAAGGAUUGGAAUGGGUGAGUGUGGGACAUGUUCUUGUGCCAACAGGCAAACCUCAAAGUGGAUUCUGGAAGGGCGCUGCCAGCUAAAGAUUUUGACCACCUCUUUACAGAAGGGUAUUUGUCAAUUGGAUCACUUUGUUUAA